UAUUAAUCCAUUUUGGCUCGGCAUAAAAUCUCCGUCUCUAGUGCGUUUUAGUGAUAAUUUUCAGAAAUAUCGCCAAAAAAUUGUAGAAAACUACAAUUUUCUGUACAUAAUCCAAUUAAUUGAUGUGCUUAAAUAAAUUGGAUUUGUAUUUUACACAACAAUAAUGGCCGAUUUCCUUGAUUCCGAAGCAUCUGAAAGCGAUAACUCAGAAAAUGAGGAUUUGGAGCCACAUGAGCGUAGGAAGCUCAAAAAGAUCAAAGCAAUGUCGGAUAGUGAGGAAGAUGAUGAUGGUGACGAAGAUGGAGGCGUAUUAGAUGAUUUGAUCGAUGACAAUCCAAUUGAAGAAGAUAGCGAUGCUGCCAAUUCAGACGGAUCCAGACGUCAAAAACGCAGAAGUCGAAGUGACGAUGAGUUAGAUGAUCGAUUGGAAGACGAUGACUACGAUUUGCUCGAAGAAAAUUUGGGGGUUAAAGUUCAACGAAGAAAACGGUUUAAGCGUUUGAAGCGAAUGCAAAUCGAAGAUAGUGAUGGCGAAGAAGAAGAAGACAGUGGAAUGGAUCGUGAAAAGAUCGCCAAUCAACUGUUUGACGGUGACGACGAUGAAAUUAUAGAGGACGAUGAAGGUAGACGAUCCGUUCAAGAUCAUCAACGCAUGGAAGCUGAAUACGAUGAAGAGAUUGAAGAUGAAGAAUCAGAUGCCGAUGAUUUUAUUGUUGACGAUGAUGGACAACCAAUCACACAGAAAAAGAAAAAGGCCCGUCGUAUUUUCAGCGAUGUCAAUUUGCAAGAAGGUCAAGAUAUUUUCGGUGUUGACUUCGAUUAUGAUGAAUUUGAAAAAUAUGGCGAAGAUUAUGAAUCUGAAUCGGAAGCCGAAGACGAUUAUGAAGAUGAGGGGGUGGAUGGUGAACGUGAAAAACGGCCAAAGAAAACGACUAAAAAGAAAACCACCAAGAAAUCCAUUUUCGAAAUUUACGAACCAAGUGAAUUGAAACGCGGCCAUUUUACCGAUGUUGACAAUGAGAUUCGAAAAACCGAUAUACCUGAGCGAAUUCAAUUGCGUGAUAUUCCAAUAACGGCUGUUCCCGAGAAUUCGGUCGAAUUGGAAGAGGAGGCUGAAUGGAUUUACAAACAGGCCUUUACACGGUCAACGGUGUCAGAUCGUACCGGUACGGGUGAAGAAUGGUUGGAAAAAAAUAAACCACCAAGUUCUAUUGCCAAAAUAAAGCAAGCAUUGGAUUUCAUGCGUAAUCAACAGCUUGAAGUUCCAUUCAUUGCAUUCUAUCGAAAAGAAUAUGUACGGCCUGAACUCGACAUUAACGAUUUAUGGACUGUCUAUAAAUACGAUUCAAAAUGGUGUCAAUUGCAUACGCGUAAAAGAAAUUUGGCGUUGUUAUUUGAAAAGAUGCGAAAUUAUCAGCUGGAUAAAUUGAUGAACAAUCCAGAUAAUGCGAUUCCAGACGAUGUUCGACUGAUUAAAGACGAUGACAUUGAUCGCUUGAACGCGGUACAAACGCCAGAAGAAUUGAAAGACGUCCAUGCACACUUUUUGCUCCAUUAUGCACAUGAAAUACCUGAAAUGCAACAGUCAUGGCGUAAAAAAGAGAAAGAAAAGCGUAAAUUAGAGCGUUUGGAAGCACGACGAAAGCAACUUGAUAUGUUGGAAGAAGGUGCCGAACCACCGGAAGAAAUACCAGAUGAGGACGAUGACGACGAUCAAGUUGAAGACACGUUGAAAGCGGCUCGUGAUUCUGGUCCAUAUUCAAUGUGUCGCAAAGCUGGUAUUUUGGGCUUUGCAAAACGUUUCGGUUUAACACCCGAACAAUUUGCCGAGAAUUUACGCGAUAACUAUCAGCGUCACGAUGUCGAACAAGAAGCACUCGCACCGCACGAAGUGGCCAAUGAAUAUGUAAGCAAACGAUUUCAAACCAUCGAUGAAAUUUUGCAUGCGGUUAAAUUCGCUGUGGCUCGUCAAAUCUCACGUGAACCAAUGCUGCGGAAAAGUGUACGUGAAGUAUACUAUGAACGGGCUAAAAUCUCUGUAAAUCCAACGAAACAAGGCCAAAAGGAGGUUGAUGAAAAUCAUGCGGUGUAUGCAAUGAAAUAUUUGAAGAAUAAACCAGUACGGGAUUUGACCGGCGAUCAAUUUUUGAAAUUGUGUAUGGCCGAAGAUGAUAAAUUGAUAACAAUCACAAUAUCUGAAGUGAUUGAAGGCAACACAUCGUCUUCGUAUUUGGAAGAGGUGAAGCAAUUCUAUCAACGUGAUGAAUUCUCGAAAAACGUUCAAGAAUGGAAUGCAUUGCGCGCAAGUUGUGUGGAAGAAGCCAUCACCAAAAUGGUAUUGCCCGACUUGAGGAAAGAGUUGAAAUCGAUUUUAUUGGCCGAAUCAAAGGAGUAUGUUCUAUUGUCGUGUGCACAUAAAUUGAGCGAAUGGAUUAAACCGGCACCGUACAGUGUAAGCUUUCCAGAUGAAGACGACGACGAUUGGGACACAACAAAAGGUGUUCGUGUAAUGAGCGUUGCAUUCGAUGACGAUCCAUCGCAGGCUGCAUUCACCGUAUUGAUUAAUACCGAUGGUGAAGUGACUGAUUACUUACGUUUACCAAAAUUCACGUACAGACGUGGAAAAUUUACGCCCGAUGAUAAAGAUGCACCAGACACAGAAGCGCUUGUGAAUUUUGUACGCACUAAAAAGCCACAUGUGAUUGUAGUCGGUGGUGAAUCAAUGCGAGCAACAAAAGUACAACGUGAUUUAGAGGAACUUGUUGGCUACUUAAUGGAAAACAGCGAUGAACCGUUUCCAAAAAUUCCCGUUGAAAUCAUUAACAAUGAUCUUGCAAAAGUGUAUGCCAAUUCAAAGAAAGGCAGCACUGACUUCCGUGAAUAUCCAAUCAUUUUACGACAAGCAAUUUCGGUGGCACGACGCCUACAAGAUCCACUCAUUGAAUAUUCACAAUUGUGCACGACCGACGAGGAAAUUUUAUGCUUACGCUAUAACACACUGCAAGAUCAAUUGCUAAAAGAAGACUUAUUGGAUGCAAUCAAUUUAGAAUUUGUCAAUCGCACCAAUGAAGUUGGUGUCGAUAUCAAUUUAGCCGUACAAAAUUCGUUAACCAUGAAUUUGGUGCAGUUUAUUUGCGGUUUGGGUCCGCGUAAAGGUCAAGCAUUGUUAAAAAUUCUCAAGCAAACAAAUCAACGAUUGGAAAAUCGAACACAAUUAGUUACCCAUUGUCACAUGGGCCCAAAAGUAUUUAUCAAUUGUUCGGGCUUUAUAAAAAUCGACACAAAUUCAUUGGGUGACAGCACCGAAACCUAUGUGGAAGUAUUGGACGGUUCAAGAGUGCAUCCGGAAACAUAUGAAUGGGCACGAAAAAUGGCUGUCGAUGCUUUGGAAUACGAUGAUGACGAAGCGAAUCCGGCCGGUGCUUUGGAAGAAAUUCUUGAAUCGCCGGAACGACUGAAAGACUUAGAUUUGGAUGCGUUUGCUGUUGAACUUGAACGUCAAGGUUUUGGCAAUAAAAGCAUCACUCUAUAUGAUAUUAGAAAUGAACUGAAUUCACGCUAUAAAGAUCUUCGUCCAGCUUAUAAACCGCUUAGUCGUGAAGAACUAUUUGAAGUGCUGACAAAAGAGAAUCGUAACACAUUCUAUGUGGGUAAAUUGGUGUUGGCCAAAGUGAUUGGGAUUGUGCAUCGAAAACCGCAAGGUGAUCAACUCGAUAAUGCUGAUCCAGAGAAAAAUGUUGAAACCGGUCUGUGGCAGUGUCCGUUCUGUAUGAAGAAUGAUUUUCCCGAAUUGAACGAUGUGUGGAACCAUUUUGAUGCCAGCGAAUGUCCGGGCAAGGCGACAGGCAUUCGAAUUGUACUGGAAAAUGGUGUGACCGGUUUUAUACAUUUAAAACAAAUGUCUGACAAACAUGUAACGCACCCUGAAGAACGUGUUCAUAUUGGACAAGCAAUUCAUUGUAGGAUCAUUAAAAUUGAUUAUGAACGGUUUAGUGUUGAUUGUUCGUCGAAAAGUUCGGAUUUAUUGGAUCGCAACAACGAAUGGCGACCGAAAAAAGACAAUUACUAUGAUCACGAUCAAGAAGAAAAAGAAAUGCGUAAAGAGGAUGAAAGUAAGAAACAAACUGCACGUCAACAGUACACCAAACGUAUCAUAGUACAUCCGGCAUUCCACAAUAAAUCGUAUGCAGAAGCGGUUAAAAUAAUGGCAACUAUGGAUCAAGGUGAAGUCAUCAUUCGACCAUCAAGUAAAGGUUCCGACCAUUUGACGGUAACAUGGAAGGUGGCCAAUGAUAUUUAUCAGCACAUUGAUGUCCGUGAAGAGGGCAAAGAAAAUGUGUUCAGUCUGGGUUCAUCACUUUGGAUUGGCAACGAUGAAUUUGAAGAUUUGGAUGAAAUUAUUGCGCGUCAUGUAACACCAAUGGCACAAUAUGCACGAGAUUUGCUCGGCUAUAAGUACUAUCGUGAUGCAGCCGGCGGUAUGAAAGACAAAAUGGAAGAAAUGCUGAAGGAGGAAAAGAAGAAAAAUCCAAAUAAAAUCCAUUACUUCCUAUCAGCAUCGAAAAAUUAUCCCGGAAAAUUCCUUCUGUCCUAUUUACCGCGCGGUAAAAUUCGUCAUGAAUAUGUAUCAGUAACGCCAGACGGUUUUCGUUUCCGUCAACAAGCAUUCGAAUCAUUAAAUUCAUUGCUCAAAUGGUUUAAAGAGCACUUUAAAGAUCCAAUUCCAACGGCAACACCAACACCAACCAUUACGCCACGCGGUUCAGUCGCAAGCAGUACACGCAGUUCGUUUCCAACACCGAAUAUCUCACAAACCAGCUACGCCAGUGAAGCAAUCAAUAAAGUUGCACGUAAUUUACCAUCGCAUAUGUUACAUUCCCUGAGUCAAGUAGCGAACAAAACGCCACACUAUCCACAUACACCUGGUGCUUAUGGUAGCCAAUCAUCGUAUGUAAAUACUCCAUAUACACCGAGCGGUCAAACACCGUUCAUGACACCGUAUCAAACGCCACAUCAUGCGGUACAAACACCACGAUAUGGUGCCCAAUCAACACCAAGCGCUGUAUUUGCACAUCCAAAACCGCCUGCACAAAAUCGGCCUAGAUCGAAUCAGUAUCAGGGAAAUCAUUCACAAAAUCAACAAUGGGCAUCGGGAAAUCGGUCACGCAACUCACAUCGUGCAUCACCACAUGUGCCUAGUCCACGAAAUCGAUACACACCAACACAAAGUUCGCACAGCCGACCACAUCAUCAAAGUCAAUCAUCGUAUUCAAAACCGAGCGCAAGCAACGGUACUGCCGGCGACGACGAUUGGGACGAUGAUGAUUGGGAUGCACCAACACAACGGGCUACACCAAAACAAAGCAACAAACCAACAUCGUCGUAUCAAGCUGAUGCUGAAGACGAUUGGGAUGAUGCAGUGGCCAGUUGGGGCAAACAAGUUUCAUCAAAAUCAAAUACACCUCGCUACGAUGACAAGGGCAAACAAACACCACAAUAUCAAUCUGGCAAAAGUCCACGUUCAGUGCGAAGUACACCGCGUACAGAUACUUCACCACGUUCAAUGACUCUCGGUGACGCAACACCAUUGUAUGAUGAGAAUAUUUAAACUGCUUCCUUAACAAACACAGCUGCAGCAAAGAAAAAACCUCAUUAUCUAAAAUAAGGUUAUUCUAUUAUGAAAUCAACCAAUCGUUAAUUCCAAUUUGCUAAAUUUGCUUUAUGUAUACCGUUGAAAAAAAAAGAGAGAGGCAAAAGCAACCACAAAACAAACCUAAUUGAUUGACUAAUGAAUAUUUUCUUAUUUCGGUAAUAAAAUUAAACGAAUUAAAGUUCUAUGGAUUUUAAUAAA